AUGAAGUUUCUCUUCGGAAUUCUUACCUCUCUCACCAUUCUUGGAGCCCCCGCUCUAGCAGCGGUGAAUGGUCCGUGUAGCGGCACCAGCGAUACGCCGGGAUACUAUGGAAUCUGCAUUUCGACAUCCUCCUGCAGGGCCAAUGGCGGGACUUACGUGAACAACCGCUGUCCCAAUGACCCGAACAACAUCAAGUGCUGCACUAUUGCUGGAUGUGCAGACUCGAGCAGCUACUGCGGAUGGACCAGUCGGCAUUGCAGUGGGAAAUUUAGAACUGGAUUGUGCCCGGGCGGUAACAAUUACAAAUGUUGUGAUCAUUGA